GUGUUUGUCAGCCUGGGGCAGUGCGCUGUAUUAUCUCUGUCACAAACCUGAGUCUCACGGCUCUGUCGUAUCUGCACAGAACUGAAUAGAAAAAUAGUAAGGAUGAGACUAUUAGCCAUUUUGGCACUGUGUCUCUCUGGUAGUCAUGCUGUAGGGGACAUCUGCACAGCAAAACCCCGGGACCUUCCUCUCAUCCCCAUGUGCAUCUACCGCAACCUGGAGCUAAAUCAGCCACAGACGGAUGAGGGGGAACUGGAGCAAGCCCCCCAUGCCACAAACCCUCGUGUGUGGGAGCUCUCCAAGGCCAACAGCCACUUUGCCCUGUCCUUCUACAAGUCCCUGGCUGACUCCAAGGCCAACAAAAGCAACAUCUUCAUGUCUCCUAUCAGCAUCUCCACUGCCUUUGCCAUGACCAAGCUUGGGGCCUGUGAUAAGACAUUGGAGGAGAUCAUGCAUGUGUUCCAGUUCGAUACCAUUAAAGAGAAGACAUCCGACCAGGUCCACUUCUUCUUUGCCAAGCUGAACUGCAGACUCUAUAAAAAAGCCAACAAGUCGUCAGAGCUGAUAUCUGCCAACAGGAUCUUUGGGGACAAAUCUCUGAAGUUCAACCAGACCUACCAGGACAUCAGCGAGUUGGUCUACAACGCCAAGCUCAUGCCUCUCAACUUCAAGGAAAAGCCAGAAUUGUCCAGAAAUAUCAUAAAUGAGUGGGUCGCUAACAAAACUGAAAACCAUAUCCAAGAUGUCAUACCCACGGAGGCCCUUGAUGCCAAUACAGCCCUUGUUCUAGUGAACACUAUCUACUUCAAGGGUAAUUGGAAGUCUAAGUUUGACAAGGAGAAUGUCUUCAAUGGUGAAUUUUACAGGUCAGAGACUGAUCAGUGUACGGUAUCAAUGAUGUACCAGGAGACCAAGUUCCGCUACGGCAUGUUCCCAGAAGACAAGGUCAAGGUGCUGGAGUUGCCCUACAAGGGUGAUGACAUCACAAUGGUACUGAUUCGGCCCAACGACGGGGUCAACCUGGCAGAGGUGGAGAGCGGCCUGAACCUGAAGAAACUUGUCCAAUGGAUGGACUCCAUCAAGGAGACCACAGUGGCAGUGCAGCUACCAAGAUUCCGCAUCACGGACAGCUUUAGCCUUAAAGACAAACUGCAGAGCAUGGGCUUGAGGGACCUGUUUAACCCUGAUAAAUGCAGUUUACCAGGCAUGGUUGAAGGACAACAAAAUGCCCUUUACAUUUCAGAAGCAUUUCACAAAGCCUUCUUAGAAGUGAACGAGAAAGGCAGCGAAGCAGCGGCAUCCACUGCAGUCAUCGCCACAGGUCGCUCCAUCAACAUGAACCGCGCAUUCUUCAAUGCCAACAAACCCUUCCUGCUGCUAAUCCGUGAGGUGUCUAUCAAUACCAUCAUCUUCAUGGGCAGGGUUGCAGAUCCCUGCAACACCAGCAUGUAACACCCAUCCCAAACUCUCACCUGCCUGAAGCCAGACCCCAGCCUCCAUCUGCAAAACAAGAGUGUAACAUCCAUCCCAAACUCCCACCUCCUCCUGAAGCCAGACCCCAGCCUCCAUCUGCAAAACAAGAGUGUAACACCCAUCCCAAACUCCCACCUCCUCCUGAAGCCAGACCCCAGCCUCCAUCUGCAAAACAAGAGUGUAACACCCAUCCCAAACUCCCACCUCCUCCUGAAGCCAGACCCCAGCCUCCAUCUGCAAAACAAGAGUGUAACACCCAUCCCAAACUCCCACCUGCCUGAAGCCAGACCCCAGCCUCCAUCUGCAACACCAGCAUGUAAUGCCCAUCCCAGACUCCCACCUGCCCAAAGCCAGACCCCAGCCUCCAGCUGCAACACCAGUGUGUAACGCCCAUCCCAAAUUCCCACCUCCUCCUGAAGCCAUACACCCGCCUCCAUGACCAAGUGGAUUACUGGAAUCAAAUUCUAAAACAUGUGUGUGUGUGUGUGUGUGUGUGUGUGUGUGUGUGCACCAUACAGGAUCUUAACAGUACCUCCCCCAAUCAAUUCCUCAAUGAAUAAAGGAAAAUGUUUUUAAACAGCUGUGAUUUCAUGUAUGACCAGAGGCACAAUAAAACGAAAUUAAAUAAAUACUGUGUUAUGUUAACAACUGGACGUAACAUUAUAAAAAAUAUCAAGGA